AUGUGUCAUUUACCUCGUAAACAUGAAGUAACAUUUCAAUUAAUUAAAGAUAUAUUUAAUAUAAUUUUUAGUGGCAAUAGCAAAGUGUACAUCUGGGGAACAGAAGAUGAAUUAUUUCCUUUCACGAUGUACAAUUUAUUUUCUGAAGAACAAAUUAUUUCAAAAAACUUUAUUAAUCUACAACAUACAUUUCAACAGACAUGGCAACAACAACAUCCACAUAGGUCAACAUCUUUAUCUGAUACACAUACACAAUGCUUAUGUAAAGAAUGUAUUGGGAAAAAAGCUACUGAAACAUGGUCAUUACAGGAUGCCGUUGCAUAUACAUUACAUGAAUGGUUGAAUAAACGAUUAACAAUUUCAUCAUUUCAUAUUGGUUUGGAUCCUCUAUUAUUUCAAAUGAACAUUCAUGAAAAAGAGGAUCGUAGGAAAUUAACUCAAUAUGCCAUAUAUGAUUGUUUAUCUAUGCAACGUAUUCUUAUUAAAUUAGAUUUAGUUAAGAAACAAAACAAAAUAUUACCAGCUAUAUCAACAACAACAAUUAAUAAUAGUACUUCUACUACAAUUUAUAACAAUAAUAAUAUUACAGAUUUAGAAAAAAUAUCAUCAGAUGAUAAUGAACCUGAUAAACUAGUACAACAAUCAACCCGAACAAUAUCAACUAUAACAACAUCAAUCAAAGAAACAACAUAUAAUAAUUCUAAUCAAAUCGAAUUUAUAUCAUCUGAUGACGAAGACCAUGAAUUUCAACGUGAACAACAACCGACACCAAUUGUUUCUAAUAAUUCUCCUGCUAAUAAUAAAGAACAAUAUAAUCCAUUAAAUAAAGAACAACGAAAGAAAAUUCACAAUCGAACCUGUACACUUAAACAACGAAAAAAAUAUUAUCGACAUAAAAUUAUAAAACACAAUAUUGAUCAUCGAUUUACCAUUACAAACAUUAAAACAAUUCUUCGACAAUAUUCUAUUCAAUUUUGUGCCAUCAACACCGUCAAACCAUCAAGAACAAAUCAAACAACUCUAUAUAUUGGAAUAAAAAACGAAAAGUUAUUGUCGACAUAUGAAGAAAAACUUAAACAUUUAUUUACCCGUGAACAUUAUCAACAGUAUAAGCAUAUACAUAGAUCAUCUAAUAAAGAUGAUCGAUAUAUACAUCAUUAUCAUGAUCCACGAACAAAUUGA